CCUCCCUCCCUGUCUCUCUGUCUCUAAUUGGUCAGCCUCUGACAGGAUUACACGAGUUUCCUCAAUUGAACACAGUGAAGUUAAACGCUCGGGCAUCCUGCUGGAGGACACUUUGCUGCUUCUGGCUUAAAAAAAGAAAAGAAAAGAAAAAAAACUCGACCACAGUUACUUUUCUAAAACAAUCGAUCAGAUGUGUGUAGAUCUCAUUAAUGUGGAGGUCUUGGCUGUGAUCAGAGGACUGAAUAUGUGCUCUGUGCUGCUGCUGCUGCAACACUAAUGUGACUAAUGUGGUUCCUCAACACUAACCCGCAUCUCGGAGCAGCUGUCCGUCACUUUGCUUCACUUUAGACCACAUAGUCGACAUGAUGACUCGGAUCUUCUGGGAUACAAUCUUCCUCAUAAGCGGUUCCCUCUUUACCUUUGGAGCAGGACCGGGCAAUUCGACAAUUAUUGAAGCCAGCAUUUCCAUCGAUGCAAACUCCACCGCCGCUCCGAACACCUCACCAAGCAGCUCUACAACAACCAGCAGCACAACUACCACAACAAUUGCAUCCACAACUAACAUCCCUCCAGUUAAAAGUUCCCUCUUUACCUUUGGAUCAGAACCGAGCAAUUCUACAAUUAUUGAAGCCAGCAUUUCCAUCGAUGCAAACUCCACCGCUGCUCCGAACACCUCAGCAAGCAGCUCUGCAACAACCAGCAGCACAACUACCACAACUAUUGCACCUACAACUAGCAUCCGUUCUGUUAAAAAGUUCGUGGCGGCGGCUGUCCGGUCUCACUUCGAUGACUGUCCAGACUCCCACCUCCAUUUCUGCUUCCACGGCACAUGUCGCUUCCUGAUAUUAGAGGAGACGCCUGCGUGUGUGUGUCAUUCGGGCUUCGUCGGGGUAAGGUGUGAGCAUGCAGACCUGCUCGCUGUAGUAGCAACUAAUCACAGACAGCAGACCGCUGCCACAGUGCUGGUGUUGUGUGUGAUCGGGUGUGUUCUCAUCAUGGUGUUGUGUACACUUUUACACUGCUGGUGGAGGCGGGACUGUCGCAGGCGGAGCCACGCACAUCACUACAUCCCAGAGAAGCACGGACCAUCCAGCCAUCCUUCUGAGAGUGUGGUUUGAGAGGACGUCUUGCUGGAACAUGAGCUGUGUAGUUUUCUUCAUCUGUGCGGCCCACAAAUCCUCAGGAUUGAAUCCAAAGCGGUAUUAACAUGUUCUGAUCGAGGCGGACCUGGUCAGAGGCGAAGCAGCAUUUAUCGUCCAUGUGGCUAAGGUAGGACUGCUGGAUGUGGGAGGAUAAAUGCUCCAUGACAUUGAACGGAGCUUUUGACCUACAGCACCGUAGGAACGUGUUGACUUCACUCUUUGAUUCUGUGGGGAAAACACACAGAACUGCAAACAGAAGCUCUGAGGAUGUGAAGCUGCUCCUACAUGGAAGAGCUCUGUGUGUCCUGAUUACUGUUUACGGCCGACCCAGAGGACGAUACACGAGGCCAUUAAUCAUCCCGUGUGGAUGUCGAGUAGGAAAGGUGUUUAUUUUGGGCUGCGGGACAACAAUAAUUCAUUCAAGUCAGAAGACCCCAAUUCCUAUUUUUGUCUUUUAAAAACUUUGAGCACUUUUCAUCAGAACUCUACAAGCACAGAAGACAUUUUUCUAAAUGAUGGUGGGGGAAAACUGAUGCUUUAAACCCGUUUUAGUGUCUGUUUUUUAAAGAAGGAACUCACUUCACCUGACAGGAGUAGGAAUUGUGACUGAACUUCAAUCAGUAAUUUUACACACAGAACUGAAAAUUGUUAAUAUGGAUUUGAUGACUCCGGUAUCGCUACUGAAGCUGAAACUUUUGUCCGUUUUAUUUUUUAUUCCUGAGCUGUACUUGAACAUGUUCAUGCAUCAGAGGUGUUUUUGGUCUGCGAGCUAUAACCGUACCGACACAUGCACAUCCUGGGUGGCCACGUUAUUCCACAGUCUUAUUGCACUUUUCUGCAAGCUUGCUUACUGUUCCUAAAAAACACUGCACUUGUUGUAUAACGAGAGAUGCCAAAUACACUUUCUAACUUUGCCUGAACGAGCACUGAAAGGAAGAGGCACGAGGUGGCUCGUACACACCCACCUAAGCAUGCAUGCUCUUAAAUCACAGCUGGUUUUAAAGAACACAAAACACUUUUUUAUUUUUCGAGUGGUGUGUUAUAGCGUUGCGUCCGCUUUGAAUUUCAAUACUUUUAAAGAGAGAAAGCGCCUCUGAAGGUUCAUUUAAAAACUAAACAUUUAAGAUUUUUCCUAAUAAUGAUUGGUGAGGGAAUACAAAAUAAUGAUUGCAGACUGACUCGGAUAUAAAGUGUGUUGGCGCUUUGUGAGAUAUAAGAUGGAACAAAAACACUCUAAAAUGAAUGUGAUGGUAUUUAUACGCCAAAAAGACUUGAGGGGAUGACACACUUGUCUUUGUUUACAGUAUGUGAUGAUAUCUACAUUCAGAAUAUGUGUUUGUUAUAAUGUGUAAAUAUCAAAAAAGACAGAAAUAUUAAUUGUAUAUAUAUCUGAGGGUGAUCUUCUCACGCAUUAACCCUUUACUUUGUCAGACUUUCACAGUUGGAAAGCCUCUAUUAUAUGCAUUUGUUUUCCAAUGAAGAAUUAAAAAUGCAAGUGUC